AUAAAAGUGCGGUGAGUGCGCACUGAGCGGCUCGUCGUCUGCGCAACCGCUUCAGCAAGAGGCAGGUACAGGAGUUUCACUGAGGAGCAGAAAAGAAGAAUUUCACAGACGACCUCCAAACACCUCGUAUGAGUGGGAGUGCAGUUUAUUUCUGGUCUCAUUCCCGUUUGCAGCAUGAACAGGAUGGGCUGUUGUUUAUCUUCCAGGCAGAAACAUGCCCAUCCUUAAGAACCUCCCUGCUCGGCUGAAGGGGGGCAAGGUGAAUGUGGAUUUGGAGAACACUCACAGCGAGCUGAUUCUCCGCAAGAUGAGCCUCAACCACAACCCGUUCGAAGAAAACGGCUCAGAUGAGGAGUGGGCCAAGGACACCGGGGGCUCACUGCUGGACGGGAGAGCGCCCCGGGACCGCAACCCGUUCGAGGACGAGGAGGACGAGAAUGAGGCCAAUGAGGAGAGGCGAGGAGGCUCGGGAAAGGGUGGCUCUUUCAAAGGGACACUGGACCGCAUCAGAGGAGUGUCCCCACUCAAGACCCUGGGCAAGCUGGGCAAGGGUCUGCGUAUGUCAGGCAGGAAUAAAGGCAGCGCCACCCCUUCUCCACAAGGCUCCAUCGGCAUGCCCUCGCCCAUGGAGAGAAAGAAGAAAGGCAGAAGGAGUUCAGAAGGGAGCCUCUUAAGGAUGGCAGGCAGAUGCAGAGAGAACAACCGUAAAGAGAGCUUGCCCAAUGGAGACCUGUGCUCAGAAAGUGAUGGCGACUCUAGCAGUCGCAGACUUUCCUUUCUGAAGAUCGUGGGCAGGGGCAAGCAAAAGAGGGAGUCCAUGGUGGACCAUUCCGCAUCACCUGGGCCUGAGGAGGAACCAGUGGAGGAAGUGCCAGAGGUCAAACCAAGGGAGCCUCUCUCAGUUUUGGAGAUCCUGCAGCUGGUGACCAAGCGAGACUUGUUCCUAGCAGACAGCCACAUCCUGGAGCUAGAACAGGAGUGUAUGGAGGUAUCCUCCUCACCAGCUGGAGGCAAUGCCCCUGAGGAUCUGACAAGCCCAAGCAAAGACAGCAGUCGGCGCAAGGCCAAGGAUGUGGAGCUGCUGUACGAGGCACUGCAGAAGGAGCUGUGGGAUGUGGUCAGAGAGUCUCUGCGUUCUCCCACUGCUGGACCAAAUCUGGGCCUUGUGGUGCAGGUCCUCCAGCAGGAGGAGGAGGCAGACCGGGACUGGGCCAUGAGUGAGAGAGCCAUCCAAGGAGGGCCGCGGCCCAGGGAGCUGAAAAAGCGCUGGAAGGAGGCCGUGGCCGAGGCUGCUGAUGGAAAUCUACCUCAGCACGCAGACAUACAGGCAGGCGAGCUGGCGGCUUACCUGGACAGGCUGAGGAGCCACAUGGUGGAGGAUCUGGGGGCUGCCCGCCGGAAUGUGGUGUCUGUGUACCCCGAGGAGUAUGAUGCCUUCCAGGUGUAUGUGCAGAGCUACCACCAGGCUGUAACCCGUCGCUUGCAGGCCAUCACUAAUGGAGAACUGCAGAUUACUGACAUCUACUCUCUUCUAGACUGGCUCUACAACAUCUACAACAGGGACGUCCUUGGAACAGUGAGCAUAACAUCACCCAUCAACCGCUCUCAGCUCAGCCCGUUGCUGCCCACAGAGACAGUGGACAAGCUGGAGCUGGACUGCCUCAACUCAGUCAGGGGGAAGGUAACCAACGAGCUGUCUCAGGUGUUGGAUGAGGAAGAAAAGAGAUGGUUGGAGACGCUGCAUAUUGAGGAGUAUCAGAUUCCACUGGCCCGCACAGUUAUUCAGAGGCUGCAGGAGGAUCUUGAAAGAUCUGCAGCAGUAAACCGGGAUCUAGGUUCGCGAGUGGCUCAGUGCAGCCUUAAUGGACUUGCAGAUUUCCUGUACAGCUUUCAGAGAAAGGUGGAAAUGUUCCAUGAAGGUCUUGUAAGUGAAUUUGGGGAAAAUGAAGAUGGUUAUGUCGCCAAGACCAUCGCUCUGGCCAACUGCUGUCCGCCUUUCAGAGGAUUUGUGGAGAGAUGUGUACAAUGUGACCCUUCCGUCAGUGAAGACUCCAGUCGCAGAGCCAACACUGCACUGGACAGGAUUGUAAACCUGAGUGUGAGAGUGCUGAAUGACAGUCUGUUUGAGCACAUCAGGCCUUUCUUUGACAAACUGGUGAAGAGGAAAUGGCUGAGCAACACAGAAGCCUUUGAGCAUAUAGUCUCUCACAUCAAGGAGCACUUCAAGAAGUUCCGGAGGAUGGACAGCCCACCAUACCAGGUCCUGGUGGGAGAAGUCCAUCGGCGGGUGAUGACGGAAUACGUUCGGGCUAUUAUGAGGGGCAGAAUCAUCUGUACAUCACUCAAGAUGAGGAAGAGGAUGGCAGGCCGCCUCCGCGACGAGGGCAAGCACCUGAAAACUCUCUUCAAAGACUUGGAGUCCUCUGCCUUGUGGCUAGACAGCGCAAUACCCCACAUAUCAGAGAUUAUCCUACUAGAGGACAUUCCCUCCAUCCAAAUAGAGGUUGGCGUCCUAGUUCGGGAAUUCCCUGAUGUACGGAAGAAGCAUGUGUCUGCCAUCCUGAACAUCCGGGGCAUGACUCGGCAGACGGAGAGGCAGGAGAUCCUGAACAUUGUGAAGGACAUUGAGAACAGUGAGAGCCUCUCACGGCUGUCCCGAGAUCGCGCACUGUUCGCUGACGUGCCAGUGACGUCUGAAGUGCACUGCCUGAACGUGGGUCUGAGCCGCAUAGCCCUCACUGCUUCCUCCUUCUUCUCUAGCCUGAGGAGAAGCCGCAGGAUCCCUCCAGCCAGGGAGAACCAGGAUGACAUGCUGUAACCACCUGAAGAGGAUUUUGUGCAUGAAAAAAACAUGACUCCAUGAUGAACUAAGAGGACUGGGAGCAUACAGUGUCUAGAGUGAAAACCUUUGAUAAACAAGCUGUAGCGAAAGGACUUCUUGCUGAUGUCCCCAUUUCUUUCUUUUCUGAGAAAGAGGCAUCAUCUAGCGCUGUUAAACUGAUUCUGAAUGGAGAAUAUUUGUGAAAUGUUUCAUUUCUACUGGCAUAUAUAUUAUUAUUGGGAUCAAAAGUAUUUUGGCCUUUUAUAAAAAUCAGAACUACUGAUACGAACCGUCACUCGGUUUAGAAAAAAGAACGGGAAGUAUCUUAAUGAAUGGGACCAUCUCUUAUCUUGGCCUUCAUGCUAGUACUGAUGGGACCGAAUUGUAUGUUUUGUGAUUUAAUACUUGAUCUAAGGUACUAUGCAAUGAUCUAUGAUCUGUAAUUUUGUCUCAUAUUUAAAUGAAUAAUUCAUGCUGCAGUCAUCUCAUAUUAUCAUACAAGGAAAUUGUCUUGUAGUACUAAUGAUAUUAUUCAAAUCUGGCUGUGGAAGAAAUCAAGGGUGACUAUUUAUGUACCAGAUGCCAGAUAGACUCUAUUUAUUGCACCAAGGUUUGUCACAUUUCAGUCAUACUCAGCAGUGCAUCAGCAAAAUAUCUACGUACUUCAAUAUAAACAUGCAUUUAAUUUCUUUUAUGCUCAAGUUAAUGGACCAAAAUCUUUAGGGAGAUUUUUUGGAUAGCACUUUUCUGUCACAAAUGUCUUGUUCUCAAAAUGUAUUUUAUUUCAUGAUGCCUGAGGAAGCUGUGUGUAACACUAUUAAUUGCAGGCUGCUACAAUCAGCUUAUCUGUCAAGCUUCUGAUUGGUCUGUAUAUGUUGAUAUGAGAGUGACAUUUAAAAAGGCAUCAAAGAUCCCUGUCUUCAAUGUGCUUUAGGGUACUCUGUAUAUUUAAAAGAUUUAAGAGAAGCCUUUUAUUCAGAAUUGAUAUUAACUUGCUUUUUAACAUAGAAACACCCUAUAAGUUUGUUAAAUCAUAUAAAAAUAAAUGAUAAAGAUGUUAUAA